AUGGCAAAACAACUGAAAGAUCUUGGCUUCGAUGGAAGUGAAGCUCAACCUGAUAAGUCAAAAUCAUAUGUGUUCAGAAAACUCGCAAAGGACAUCGCCAAAAGACAGGGCAUCCAGCUGUAUGAAGGAAUCUAUGUGAUGUCUGGAGGUCCACAAUACGAAUCUCCAGCUGAGGUACUGGUGGUCUUUUUUCAUUGUUCUAUGGCAUUACUUGCCCCUGAUAUGGGGUUGUGCCAUAAAAACGCCACGUUCAAGAUAAAGCGCUUUUAUCACUCCCCACCCAACCCCUAUGAUGAAAUGGGUCCACACUAUGCACUGUUGAACGCACAGCUGUCACAUCACCUUGAAUACCAACGGUGUUUUGCACAUCAUUCUGAUGAGAGUGCGGUUUCAAAAAUUUCGAGUGAAAGUUUAUGUGAUAAGACAAAUCCGAGUUUUGCCCAGGAAUUAAUGCAAGGGGUCUCGAGCAUCUCCUCUACCCGACGAUAUAAUAUGAAAACUCUGUUAAUGUUCAGUUCUAUCCCUAUUUCAGUUGUCGGACACAAAGGCAAUCUGAUUUUCGGACAUUUGGGUGGAAAGAAAGUUGUUUGCAUGCAAGGACGUUUCCAUCCCUAUGAGCACAAUAUGAAUCUGGCUCUGUGCGCAUUCCCAGUGAGAGUUAUGCACCAGUUGGGAGUCACGCGAUUGGUGGUUUCCAAUGCUGCUGGAGGAGUGAACCCAAAGUUCAAAUAUGGAGAUCUUAUGCUGAUUAAGGACCACAUCUUCUUGCCGGGACUCGCUGGCUUUUCACCACUCGUUGGCUUGAAUGACGGUCGUUUCGGAGCGCGCUUCGUCUCUGUUCAUGAUGCUUACGACAAAGAAAGCUUCAUGAGUGACCUAGCUCGUUCAAAGCCGGUCAACAACAUGUUUGAGCUUGCAAACGUCGCAUCGAUAAUGCUUGACCCCUUUUGGGGCGAUCGACGUAAGGAGGAAGAGCUAAUCUCAAAAGAGUCGAAACAGCUGAAAUACUCGGUCUCGCCCAUGCAAUCGCUGCCCUACGGCACUGAGAAUUGUGAAAGGAAAACGCAUCGUCCAUCCUCCUCUAUUCCUGCGUUUCCAGGAUAUCACAUUGAGUCGUGCUACGCACAAGCCAUCGAACGUCUGGAUCACAUACCUAAAGACUACGACAAUUCCCCGGCGAAUCCAACUACAAUAGCUUUGCCGCUUUCUUUCAUUCGAGCCAAAAAAGAGAUCGAGGAAGAUGAAAAGGGUCACUAUUAUGGUCUACACAACAUUCGAUGGACUUGCGGCUCAGUUAAAUAA